AUGAACAAAAAGUCGGCCUUGAUCUACAUACGCGCUCCAAAUCUCGACUAUGAGCCCGACAAGGCAAUUCGCCUUGGCCACAUUUGGAAACACCCAAUGGAUCCCGGCUCGUUCUGUGGACCGCCUCUCCCCAUUCCCGAAGACAUGGAAACGAACCAUACUUUCAAAGCCCCUUGGCAUAUCGGCAAAGGCAGGGCAAACAGUGGAUCGUUGGGGAUAUGGGCCAAUUUCCUCCAGGCUGUAGGCGUUACAGCAGAAUCCAAUUUUGACUGGAACAACGCCAAUGAUGUGUCUCACACAUGCGAAAGACUGGAUACAUACUCAAUAGAGCCAACGGACAAUUAUGUCAAAGAGAGUGUCAAAGCCGUUGCUGCUGAGGCUGUCAAGCGUAGACAGCGUCUGUUCAUGGUGACAGGCGUCAAGAUAGCACGUGGUGCAGUUGGCUCAAUCUCCUCCUCGAGGCGUGUUGGGGGCGGUGCAAGAGCCGGAUUCGGAGGUGAAAGCUUCGGCGUCCCAUUUGACGGUGGACCGCAGUUCAACAUAUCCAGGGAUACCUACGACGAAGAAACAUAUGGUGAGUCGUCGGAUUUUGUCUUUGCAUACCGUGUCCGCCGAAUCAUUUAUCCUAAAGGAGGCUGGGAAUCGAUGCAGGCGGGAUCGAGCAUUGUGAAUUAUGGGCGAUGCGAAACGGACGUGGGAGCGUCUGUUUUGGCUGGACUGAGAUCUCGGCCUUUCAACUCUAGGCUUGAGUUUUCUGAGGCUGAUGAGGCUGAAAUAUCAGGUCCUCUGUUUUUCGGUUACCCGUCGACAUGGCAAGAAGUAUGCGAGAGUGAGAGCGAGGGCAAGGGCAAGGGCAGUCUGCAAGACGGAAGAGCUAAACACGGAGUUGUAGUAUCUCCAGAAGUUGGCUACUUUGCUGGGUCUUCAGGGGCCAAAAGCUACUUUUCCUCAGAAAUCGAUGGGCUCAUACUUGGGGAUGAUCGUUUCGUGUUGGGGGAGUUCGGGCAUGAGGCCGACCUAAUACCUUUUGUUGACGACAGCAGGGAGGAUGGUCUAUUUAUCUCUUUUCGCUCAUGA